AUGACAGGAAGACCCGCUUCAUUGAGGAAUAACAUCGAAUGCCCCAUAUGCACCAUCUUGUUAAAACAGGUGGUGGUUUCUCUGGGAAAUGGACCAUGGGAUCAACUAUUUGGUGGUGCCAUUGGAGCACUUGCUGCCUUUGCUGCUGGAAUUAUAGUCAUCUUGGGCACUUCUCGAUCUGCUGUUCAAAAGCCCAUGGCCAUCUCAUAA